AUGAGAGCAAAGAGAAGGAAAAAGGACCGGCGCGGGCCGGAGCGGGAAAGGCGGGCCAACAAACCAGAGGUGAAGAAGAAAGCAACAAGAAGAACCGGAAAGCCGAAAAGCGGAGAGGCAGAGGGAAAGGAAGGGAGGGGAGGGAAGGAGAAACACAAGGGGCCCAGGAGGGAGAGGGCGGAAGGAACAGGAAAGAGGGACGGAAGGACAGAAAAGGAAAGGGAGAGAGGAAAAAGGGGCGGGGACGGCAAAACAGGUGCGGCACGCAGCGGGGCGGACGAGAACAGGCACGGGACGGAACGCCCAGGUGCGAAGCGGGAAACGGGAGCACAGGGACGCACGCAGCGGGGGAGGAGAACAGGGGCGGCACGCAGCGUGGCGAGGAAGAACAGGGGCGGGACGGAACCGCCAGCCGCGGGAUGGGCUGUGGUGGGGCAGGAGGGGAGCAAAAUGCACGGAUGCAGCGAGCAGGGAGGAAACAGAACAGGAAAGGAAGGAAAGGAGAAAAAAAGAAGGGAUGGGGCAAGAACAAGAGCGGCACGGAGGGGCCAAGCCAGGGGAGGGUCGGGGGACGGCGGAACAGGGGCAGCACGUCAGCCGGGGAGGAGCGGCGGCAGCGAGCGGCGCGGGGGCCGAACGACCAGCGCAAACGAGCGGAGGGACGGGGGAGGGGGGAACAAGGCAGGAAAAAGACAACGCCGCAACGACGCUAGCCACAACCGGGCAAAGGGACCGGGGAAGCCAAGACGAACAAAACCCAAGUACCGAAAGUCACGAGGAAAAGCGAGCAGGGGGAACAACAGAAAGACGAAAAAGGGAAAGGAGAGGGGGCAACGAGCCUAG